ACGACGAAAAUUUCAUCGAUUUCUCUUCUUUCCAAGAUAAGGAAUACUCCAGAGAAAGGACAAAGGGAAAUAAGGGGAAUUAAAAGUUUAAAGAUGGCAACUGAGAAAGACGUGGAUGACCACGGCCGCUUACAGGUUGCCGAAGAAGCUGUGCGAAUCGUGAGAAGGUUCAACACGAUGGGGAAAGACAAGGAAGAUCGACAGAAGAAAAUAAUUGAGUUGUGCACAGACAUCGCAGGCAUUCUUGACGCAAAACGACGCUUGGAAGAUUUAGUCGAAAAGCAACAAACAGAACUUACCGAACUUCGUCAGCAAACAAGCUCCGCCUAUACCUCCUCGACAUCAGGACGAGGCUCACUAACCCCUGAGGGAGCGAGUGACUCUGCAUCCGCCCCACACGUCUUUUACAGUCCCUCUUCAUCUGGGCGCGUAACUGCUUUGUGCACCAGAGGCACAGACCCAUUUUAUAACUGGCCAGUAGAAAGGACAUUUACAGCCACCUGUAAUCGGUCUACAAGUCCCUUAGUGUUCCCAGACUGUUCCGAUAUGACGUCAUCUGCAGAAUACUCCAAUCAGGAGCAAAAAGGAAAGAAAAGUGACACUAUUGAAGAUCAUGUGGAAAAACUUGUACGUGAGGUGGAAGAAGAGGAUCAUAGUGAGGAAGAAAAUGCAGACGGAAAGCCGCAAGGAAAGAGAGACAACGAGGCUGAACUAAAUGACAAUGAUGAACAAUUGGAAACAAAGGAGAACGAUGGAGAAACAGAAGAACGCAAAAAGACUUCUCCCCAGAGACCUGGCCGACUAGAAGGAGCAAGUUCUAAGAAGCAAGUACGGAAGAGUGAGUCUAAAAGACGCGAUCGGUCUCCCAAAAAUAACGGAGGAGAAAAACUUGAUUUUAAACCAUCACGAGAGAAGACUUACAAGACGCUAUGGAAAAACAAUCACAUCAAUCUUUUUGAUGAGAGUCGAAGUGCAAAAGAACGAAGGAAGAAUGCGAAGAACAGAGUAAAAGACAAUGUUUCUGCUGGAAGUAAAACAAAAAGCAUUCGGCAGAGAAGCUCAUUCAAGAAUACCGCUGACAAGCACCAGAGUGAAUCAUCUUCAAGCAGUUGCGACAGUGAAGAAGAUGAGGAGUUGCCAAGAAAGGUAAAGCCUGAACUAACUACCGAGUAUUGGGACAUUCACAAACUAAUAAAAUUUUUGAAGGUGGGGAACCCAACAGCUACAGUGAUAGCGCUGUGCGCCCUUCGUGAUAUCAGCCUGGACCAGGAAUCAAGUCAGUUGGCCAUUCUGGAUCUCGGUGGGAUCACUCUUCUCCUUAACAUUCUAAAAACAGACUACUGGCGCUGUGUGAUUGGUUCUCUCAAAAUUCUGAGAGAGAUAACGAACACCAAAAGGAUAAAUACGGAGAUUUGUCGUCUGGGAGGCAUUCAGCAGCUCAUCGAUUGCCUUCAGCAAGACUUAAAAGAGGUCCAGUCCCUCGCUGCUGAAACUCUUAGCCACGUGGUUACAUUCCGACUCGCUCACAGAGCUAUUCGGCGUGGCAGAGGGAUAAGAUACUUGGUGAACAUAAUUCAACAAGAAAAUCGAAAAAGAACCAGGCCCCCAUCGAAACUGGACAGCGACUUCGGGCUUACCCGCAAUGCAUGCAUGGCUUUGUGGAGCUGCAGCAAAAGCUCGAAAAACAUUCAAGCCAUCCGUUUGGCCGGUGCCGUGCCCAUUCUCGCUUCCCUAUUAGUCAGAGGGACGGAUGAUGUCAUUUUACCCACUAUGGGAAUUCUUAUGGAAUGUGCCAGCGAGCCCACGUUUCGUGAAGAUAUCCGCAAGGAAGGGAUGAUAGAGGCGAUUGUCAAGCACCUGAAAAAGGGUGACACCGCUCUAAAGACUCUAUGUGCAAAUGCCCUGUUCAAGUGCGCGGAAGAUGAUUCCACUCGUGAACUGAUUUUCCGCUUCGGUGGCCUGGAACUGCUUGUCCAAAUAAUGAUGGGAUCCAGGUCCUCUGAGAACACAGAACUCCUCGCGGCCACAGUCGGCGCCCUAUGGAAGUGCGCCUUGAACAAAAACAACGUUAAAAGGCUUGAGCAGUUUGGUGCAGUCAAAGCUUUGAUCCUAUUGUUGAAGAAUCCGGAGCAAACUAAUAAGGUCCUGGCUAAUACACUGGGUGCUAUGCACGAGUUUGCGCACAGUAAGCGGACACUUCUUACACUCAAAGAAGAUAAAGUUAUCCACGUUGUUGUGCGAGCGCUGAGUAUCACGGAACGUCCCGUACUAAUUAACGCUACCAGGCUCCUCGCGAUUUGUGCCAAAGAGGAAUCUUGCAGAAGUACAAUUCUUCACACGGACGGAUUAAGACUUCUCUGGUCCUUGUUGAAGUUUCUCGACUCAGACGUUGUGGCAGCUGCGGCAGAGGCCAUCAGUGAGUGCGUCGUCGAUGAGGAGGAGUCAGCAGAAAUAGUACGCUCAUUCGUCGGUGGCCUGGAACUCAUUACCAGUCUUCUGAGAUCCGACGAUAGGCAGGUGCUAAUAAGUGUAAACAAAGCAAUAAUCAGCAUUGGAAGAGACAGAGAGAACUUGUCCAUUCUGACAGAUUACGAGGUGGUGCCGCUUCUCAUAUCACUAGUGUAUACGAAAGACGAAGAGUUAAAAAGAUGGGUAGCACAGGCAAUAGCAACAUGCAGUGGAUUAGACAAGAAUGUGAAGUCCUUCUCGUCAGCGGUCGUCCCCCUUGCUAAUAGCCUCAAACGAUCCUCUGGCGUGGCGGUAAAGCGAGCGGUCGCUUGCGCACUGGAAAGACUGUCACUUGACCCAUAUAACUGCUUUAUAAUUCAGCAACAUGACGCACUGAAGACCUUACUGGCGUUGACAAGCUCAGACGAUGAAAGAGUCCAGGAGGCAGCAGCUGGCUGUAUAAAGAACAUGCGUACCAAUACCAUGAACAUGCUCGCAAGAUGAAACCACAGAACAAAAUGGACAAUUGAUACUCAUAUUCAUAUCUUGUACUUGUUUAUUACAAUGUAAAGUUGAUGACAAUUAAAACAUUAGGGAGUACAUCUACUGACAAUUUCGAUAUUCAUUGCACUCCUAAAAAACAUUACAAUUUGCAGUUAAUAAAUAAACCUGUUUUACUCCCUAAGAGUUUGUUCACUUUUGAAUUCACAUAGUGCAUCCCCUUUUCUAUUUGUCAAUAAGUUAUUGAUUUGUUCAAGAAAUCCCACUUUGUACAAUUGUUACAGCAAUUCUGCCAAUUCA